AUGGCUGAUCCAUGUCAUGUCAUGUCCAAGCUCCAAGCCAUGUCAUGUCAUGUGCUCCAAGCUGAACAAGGUAUGUGCUUGUCUUCAUGAUCUGCUAAUGAACAAUAUGUACGACAAUGGAUUCCCAUGAUGCUUCGCUUUGAGUGAUGGUACCGGUGUGCUAAAACUCAAAAAGACACGAUUUAGUAAAAUCAGUGAUCGAAUAUCUGCGACAAUCAGCAUUCAGAUUGUCAGUAAGCUCAAAUCAAUUGAUCGACGCAACCUCCCGUUGCCUGAAAAAAAAAACGGAUUCAAAAUGCAUUUCGAUUGGUGGGAUGUGUGAGUCAUAAUUCAUCAAGGGAUGACCACAAUCUUGACCACAGUUUCACCAGAGUUGCUGCAAGAGUUCCAAUCGAGGUUCCCAAAUUGUUAUAUGCUGUGAGAAAAGGUGCAGUCACGAGAGCAUGAAACUUCAUCUUACUGGAAUACCAACACUGAAUGAGAAAUAUGCAACAAAGCUGGAAAAGUUCUAUCUCGUCAUCAACUAUCACCCAGCUAACAUUGCAAGGGCAUUUAAAUACUCGUCGUUUGUAGUCUAUCUGAAGCGUGGGUUUCACCCACAAACGGGAUUUUCGUUGAACGGUUACUGCGUUGGACCAUUCCUGAAACAUGGAUGUGACUGCACACAAGUAAAGCCGGUUAAUAUUAUCGCUUUGAUUUCUCUUAACACGGCAAUCUUCAAAGAAGCUGUUUCGGGUUCCGAUAAGGACUUCCAAUACUUGACUCCGGCCAUUGGAUUUUUUCAUCAACUUUAAUA